AGGGCUCAGCUAUGAGCUCUGGGGCUUCCUGAGCAGGCUGUACUGACUAGUGGGUCCUUGAAGCUAGGGGCCCCUUUGGUAUGGAGCCCUUUGCCUAGAAGAGCUGGACCUGGCUCAUGGGUAGAGAGAACUUGGCUAUAGUCCUGAGAGUUAACCAGGUGGGAAGCCAGGGUACAUAUGGGUUUCACGUGCAUCCUAGAGUGCUUUUUUUCCUCCCCACUCUAAAUGGUGCCUCAGUCACCUCUGUAUCUCCAGCACCCAGUGCUGAGUAGUGCUUAAGAGCUCGACUAAUUCUCUAAGUGAGGGGGUGAAGCACAUGUCUGUGGGAGACACAAGUUCAACAGUGUGCUGAUGGGUUGGUCAGAUCUGCAGUGUGUUUCAGGAGUAGGAGGGGCUAAGAAAUGCGUGCGUCCCCCAACCUGAUGCUAGUCCCUUUCCUGUUACUUCUCAGUCACCGCAGGAGCCCCUUGUCUUUCAGGUGGGGGGCAGUAGGGUUUUGGGGGGCACAAGCUUUCCUCAGUCCCUCCACUUGGAGGGGAAGGAAUGUGGCCUGGCUGGCUGGUUGGGAUCAAGGAGGAGCUUUCAGGCAGGGCGGGGCCAGGGCAGGCUGGGGCGAGGGCUCCUGCUGGUACUGUGUUCUUCGCUGCUGCACAACAAGGCCCUGCCACCCACCUUCAGGCCAUGCAGCCAUGUUCUGGGAGCCCUAAUUGCACAGAAGCCCAUGGGGAGCUUCAGACCGUCAGCCCUGCUCCUGCCUCUCCUCCUGGUAGUCAUCGACCUCUCUGACUCUGCUGCGAUUGGCUGUCCCCACCUGCCCCACUGGAACACCCGCUGUCCUCUGGCCUCCCACAUGGAAGUUCUGCCCAUAUCCCUUGCCGCACCUGGUGGGCCCUCUUCUCCACAAAGCCUUGGUGUGUGCGAGUCUGGCACUGUUCCCGCUGUUUGUGCCAACAUCUGCUGUCAGGUCGCUCAGGUCUUCAGUGGGGCUUCUUCCACCUCCUGGUACAGAAAUCCAAAAAGUCUUCCACAUUCAAUUUCUGUAGGAGACACAAGAUGCCAGCACCUGCUCAGAGGAAGCCGCUGCCUAGUCGUCGCCUGUCUGAGAAGAGCCAUCACAUUUCCAUCCCCUCCCCAGACAUCUCCCACAAGGGACUUCGCUCUAAAAGGACCCAACCUUCGGAUCCAGAGGCAUGGGAAAGCCUUCCCAGAUUGGACUCACAAAGGCACGGAGGGCCCGAGUUCUCCUUUGAUUUGCUGCCCGAGGCCCGGGCUAUUCGGGUGAACAUACCUUCAGGCCCUGAGGUCAGUGUGCGUCUUUGUCACCAGUGGGCACUGGAGUGUGAGGAGCUGAGCAGUCCCUAUGAUGUCCAGAAAAUUGUGUCUGGGGGCCACACUGUAGAGCUGCCUUAUGAAUUCCUUCUGCCCUGUCUGUGCAUAGAGGCAUCCUACCUGCAAGAGGACACUGUGAGGCGCAAAAAAUGUCCCUUCCAGAGCUGGCCGGAAGCCUAUGGCUCGGACUUCUGGAAGUCAGUGCACUUCACUGACUACAGCCAGCACACUCAGAUGGUCAUGGCCCUGACACUCCGCUGCCCACUGAAGCUGGAAGCUGCCCUCUGCCAGAGGCAAGACUGGCAUACCCUUUGCAAAGACCUCCCAAAUGCCACGGCUCGAGAGUCAGACGGGUGGUAUGUUUUGGAGAAGGUGGAUCUGCACCCCCAGCUCUGCUUCAAGUUCUCUUUUGGAAACAGCAGCCAUGUUGAAUGCCCCCACCAGACUGGGUCUCUCACAUCCUGGAAUGUGAGCAUGGAUACCCAGGCCCAGCAGCUGAUUCUUCAUUUCUCCUCAAGAAUGCAUGCCACCUUCAGUGCUGCCUGGAGCCGCCCAGGCUUGGGGCAGGACACUUUGGUGCCCCCUGUGUACACUGUCAGCCAGGCCCGGGGCUCAAGCCCAGUGACACUAGACCUCAUCAUUCCCUUCCUGAGGCCAGGGAGCUGUGUCCUGGUGUGGCGGUCAGAUGUCCAGUUUGCCUGGAAGCACCUCUUGUGUCCAGAUGUCUCUUUCAGACGUCUGGGGCUCUUGAUCCUGGCACUGCUGGCCCUCCUCACCCUACUGGGUGUUGUUCUGGCCCUCACCUGCCGGCGCCCACAGUCAGGCCCGGGCCCAGCGCGGCCAGUGCUCCUCCUGCACGCCGCGGACUCCGAGGCGCAGCGGCGCCUGGUAGGAGCGCUGGCUGAACUGCUGAGGGCAGCGCUGGGCGACGGGCGCGACGUGAUCGUGGACCUGUGGGAGGGGAGGCACGUGGCGCGCGUGGGCCCACUGCCGUGGCUCUGGGCCGCGCGGGCGCGCGUAGCGCGGGAGCAGGGCACGGUGCUGCUGCUGUGGAGCAGCGCCUGCCUUCGCCCGGCCCGCGGCCCCGACCCCCGCGCCACGCCCCUGCUCGCCCUGCUCCACGCUGCCCCGCGCCCGCUGCUGCUCGCUUACUUCAGUCGCCUCUGCACCAAGGGCGACAUCCCCCCGCCGCUGCGCGCCCUGCCUCGCUACCGCCUGUUGCGCGACCUGCCGCGCCUGCUGCGGGCGCUGGAAGCGCGGCCUUCCGCAGAGGCCACCAGCUGGGGCCGCCUCGGUGCGCAGCAGCGCAGACGGAGUCGCCUAGAGCUGUGCAGCCUGCUGGAACGAGAGGCCGCCCGACUAGACCUAGGUUGAGCAGAGCUCCACCGCAGUCGCUAGUUUCUGCGGCCGCAAUGCAACGGACACUGGCUAGAACCCCGGAAUGAGCCUUAGACCCUGGAAUCCUUGGGGUGCCUCGAGGACGACUGGCCGAAAAGCCUUAUUCCCUGCCUCACAAGCCGGAAGUCCCAGCCCAGUCCCCGCGCGCGUCCCUCUUCCUCCUCAUGCUUUCCCUUGACUGAGAGCUCCUCUAACCCCUGUUCUGAUGGGGGAGGGCGGUCUUCCCACUUCCUCUCCAGAACUCCAGAAAGAGCAGUGUGCUUAUGCUCCAGUCCAGGCUGGAGAGGUUGGGGCCGGGGUAGGGAGGCAGGAGCCAUGUCAGUUCUGAAGGAGGGUGAGGGGGUGUGGGGGGGCGGGGGACAGCUGAGAGAAAACCGCCUUGGGGGCCAGGGAUUCCCUUUCCACACUGAGGCUCUGCCCAGUGGGAGAGAGGACUCCGGACCUAGGAAAAGAGGCUUUUGGCUCUGGGUGUUAAGGACAAUGGGAGUUGGGGGUGGGAUGGGUGGUUGCUGGCGGUGGGGACCAAGAUCCGGAAAGAUGAAUAAAGACAAACAUGACAAACUAA